CUGGAAGUUUCUAUUGUGCGUUCCUCCCGCUUCGAUAGCCUUUCAUUUUUUCAGCUAGAAACGUUUGAAUUGCAAACAUCUAGUCUGAAUUUAGCCAGAUUGCGUUUGCCUAAUCCCAGUCUUAUUCUGAUCCUAUUUAUGUAAAUCUCAGCACCCACGGUCCAGAUACCUUCAAGCCGAUCGACCAUCUUUCCGCAACUUCAUCUCACCGAGCCAGCCAAUUUCAUACACCUGUUGAAGCUACAGAACCAAAAACCCACUACGCCAUCUAACACUCAAAAUGGCUGACGACAAGCCCACCCGCAGCAAGGUCUUUUUCGACAUCACCAUUGGCAAGAAGCCAGCGGGGCGCAUUACCUUCGAGCUCUAUGACGACAUUGUGCCCAAGACGGCUGAGAACUUCCGGGCCCUCUGCACGGGAGAGAAGGGUCUGGGCAAGACCGGCAAGCCCCUCCACUACAAGGGCAGCGGAUUCCACCGCGUCAUUAAGCAGUUCAUGAUCCAGGGUGGUGACUUCACUGAGGGCAAUGGCACCGGCGGCGAAAGCAUCUACGGUGCCAAAUUCGACGACGAGAACUUUGAGUUGAAGCAUGAUCGCCCUUUCUUGCUAAGCAUGGCCAACGCUGGACCUGGCACCAAUGGCUCCCAGUUCUUCGUCACAACCGUUGCGACCCCUCACCUCGACAACAAGCAUGUUGUGUUCGGCGAAGUGCGCAGCGGCAAGUCCAUUGUGCGCCAGAUCGAGAACCUGCCCACGCAAUCUGGAGACAAGCCGCAGAAGGAUGUUGUCAUCACUGACUGUGGCGAGCUGACGGGCGCGGCGGCCGAAGCAGCGGCGUCGGGCAACAAGCAGGCCGAUUCUCUGGGUGACGCUUACGAGGAUUUCCCCGAAGACAACGACGAGGCCCUGGAUGCGCAGAAGGUGCUUAAGAUCGCUGCGGAGUGCAAGGAGUAUGGCAACAAGGCCUUUAAGUCGGGCGAUGUGCCGCUGGCCCUCGACAAGUAUCAGAAGGGUCUGCGCUACCUCAACGAGGAGCCCGAACUCAAGGACGAGCCCGCCGAUACCAAGACCAAGAUGGACAGCCUUCGCUUCACCCUCAACAGCAAUUCGGCCAUGAUGAACCUCAAGCUUGACGCUUGGGAGGACGCCGAGCGCGCCGCGGCGAGCGCACUGCGCGUGCCCGGCAUCACCGACAUCGAGAAGGCUAAGGCGCUGUACCGCCGUGGUCUGGCCCUGGACAAGAUGAAGGACGAGGAAGGUGCUGUUAAGGCGCUUGAGGAGGCCAAGAAGUUGGUGCCGGGUGACGUGGCCAUCAGCAAGGAGCUCGACGCCGUCAAGAAGGCCGCCGCCGCGCGCCUGGCCAAGGAGAAGGCCGCUUACAAGAAGUUUUUUAACUAGGGUUAACACAAAUAAAAAGGGCGAAUGGUAACGGAGAAAUUCCCGGUUCAAGGAUUCUUCUGCAUGACAGCCCAUUUUGAGGGUCAACUGACAGGGCGUACGGACAAGACGUGGCCAUGAAUAAGGAUACAUUGAGCCAGUCCGCUUUCCUUGGCACAAGAAAAGAAAACUAUAAAACCGGACUCUUAGGGCUAGAUAAUCUAGCAUGCAACUAGGUUUGGCAAAUAAACAUGAGUAAAAGAGUGAUUGAUACGCACAACUUGCUCAACCCCCUUGCUCAUUACGAACAGUGCAUUAUCUGCGAAUAACGUGUGUAUGACCCUCACAGGCUGAUAAGGUGCACCGAGAAGAUAGUACGCGGGCGUGAUCAGUGACCUCUAGGUACAAUAUGCUGGCAAAGUCGUAGAGCAUACAAGAGUAUCCUAUGUGUAUUUGGUAAAUUUGGUAUUUGCUGC